CUCCCCCAUCUUUCUCUCUUUCUGAGGUUCAGUCCAGUAGAGCCAACUUUGCAGAGGCAAGAAAGCCCCGGCAGGAUCAGAUACAGGAGAGGAGUUUUUGUCACUGAAAUUCAUUCAUAUUCAUUAUGGACUCUAUUUAACUCUUCUGGAUUAAACUAAAGGGCAGAACACUCCAUUCAAAUAUUUUUAACUCUGGACUCUACUGGUACUUCACUGGACUUUAUUUUGGACUGUAAUUAGGCUCAUCUGGACUUUUUAAGGGCUUCCACUGGACUGUAUUAGUUUUGAUUAGUUUUAUAUGGUAUCUGGUGAAAUCUGUUUCACCGUGACGGCAGUGCUGGCAGUUUGCUGAUGAAUGGAGUUUGACCGAUUCUGCACUGUAGGGCUGUUUGUCUAUUGGCUUGGGCGAUUCAAGGUAAAUUAAGGUAAUCAGAUGUCGGUUUUGGACUAAUCUGUCUUAGAUUACUUUGAAUAAAGGGUCAGUUAGACCAGAUUAUUUAUUAAAAUACACAAGCAGGAUAGAAAAAAGUCAGGGGUGGCAAGUUGCAGUUUGUUAAUUUAACUGAAGUGAGUGAAUUUGGGUCAGGUUUGUUUGGAUAGGAGGUCAGAAAAGAUACUUAACUUCCUUUAUUAGCUUAUUUAUUUUGUAAGUUUGUAAGUAAGGUUGGGAUACCCAUUUGAAUGUUGGCCUAGUUUAAACCUCAUGUCUUGGUGGAGGAUGCAAAAGACCAUCAGGAGCAGUAGCAGCUGCCGCAGCAUGAGUCUCCUGUGUAUCCUGUGGUUGCUGACGGUCUGUCUGGCUCCUGGAAGCCAAGGCCAGAGGCUGAGGGAGACAGAGGGGGAGCAGCCAGCAGCCAAGGCUCAGCUGGCGGAGAAAGAUGCUCUCUGCCACCAGGAGGGAUGCUACACCGUCUUCCUCCAGAAGAGAACCUUCAGGGAGGCUGGGCGGAGCUGCCGGGAGCGAGGUGGGACCCUGGCGACGAUGCACACCCACGAGACAGCGGGUGUGGUCCAUGAGCUGCUGUCGGCCAUCGAGCCACAGGGGACCAGGUUAAGGCUUCGCCUCUGGAUCGGGCUGCACAGACCACCACGCCAGUGUUCAUCCACCCGACCACUCAGAGGAUUCGUCUGGGUCACAGGAGACCAGGAUGGCCAGUUCACCAAUUGGCUCCGCGAAGACAGCCCUGGGACUUGUGCGGCCCCUCGGUGUGUGGCCAUGACUGUCCACACUUCAGAGAACGGGCGUGAGAGCAGUGACAAUUUUCGGUGGCUCGAUGGCUCCUGCGCACUGCCACUGGAUGGAUACGUUUGCCAAUACAACUACAAAGGAAUGUGCCCACCACUGGAGGACGAGGGUAGCGGUCCAGCUAUUUACACCACCCCAUUUCACCUUGUCAGCACCCUGCUGACCCACGUGCCCUAUGGGUCUGUCGCUGCUCUACCAUGUCCUGCAGACAGCUCGGACCCAGAUGCUCUUGCUGAGCAGACUGUGCUGUGCAUGGAGAGAGAUGACGAGACAGUGGGCUGGUCCAGGGAUGCCCCACUCUGCUCUUCCAGUGCGGCUCCAAAGAACCAGGACUGGUGUAGCGGGGACCAUGGAUGUGAGCAGUACUGCCAGAACACAGACACAGACUACUACUGUUACUGCUCUGAGGGCUUUACGAUAGAUGAAGAUGGGUACAGCUGCAAGCCUGACCCCCUCAGCCAAACCGACUCCCCUGAAUUAUCCUCGGACUCUGCCGGUCCCACCGACCAGCCCCACAUCAAGGAGGUCUGUGUGGAGAUGGGGUGCGAGUACGACUGCGUGGAGACAUCUCGGGGCAUCCGCUGCACAUGUCCCCCAGGCUACCAGAUGGGUCCAGACGGCCGCAGAUGUUCUGAUGUAGACGAGUGUCAACAGCAACCCUGCCCGCAACUUUGCGUCAACAUCCCCGGCACCUUCCACUGCACCUGCCACUCCGGGUACCAGCCGGAUGAUGAGGGCGAGUGUGUGGACAUCGAUGAGUGCCUUGAUGAGGGCACCUGUGAGGGCACUUGUGAAAACACUGUGGGGUCCUUUGCUUGCCUGUGUAACCCCGGGUAUGAGCUGGGCAGUGAAGGAGAGUGUCUAGACAUAGAUGAGUGUGUGGGGGAGUCGCCCUGCCAGCAGCAGUGUCUGAAUUACAUGGGUGGGUACCAGUGUUUCUGUGACAAUGGCUAUGACCUGCAGUCAGAUGGACUUACCUGCCAGCCUUCGCCAGAUGAUGAAGAAUAUUCCACUCUGACCCCUGACCCCAGCGACUCCGCUCACAUACCUGAUAUGGACCCUAACCGUGAUAUUCCCUGGUCCACUUCGUUCACCCCUGACCCAAAUUUUGAAGCUGACACCAACUUUGACGAUAACUGGCUUACAGAAGCACCUGAAGCUCCUGACACAGCUCAGGGGUCAGACAAUCACCUGAACCAAUGGGAUGCCCUCUCACCUAAGCGAUAUCAGACAGCCCCAUCCCCAACACAAAAAUACAACACAGGCAACGAAAUUGAUAAUGAGGCUGAGACGGGAGGAGGUAGAGAAACUAGUGACAGGGCAGGAGCUGAGACUACAAAAGGGUCAGCCACUGGGACUGGGGAGAUGGAUAGUACAGAGGAUGUCAGCGACAUGGCGGAGGUAGGAGGUGGAUCUGAUGCAGGUAAACGGAAACACGACAAGAGCUGGCUGCUGGUGGCUCUGCUGGUGCCGCUGUGUGUGUUCCUCGUAGUGAUGCUGGCUCUGGGGAUUGUCUACUGCACCAGCUGUGCUGUGGACAAGAGCCUGAGCUUCUCAGACUGCUAUCGCUGGAUACUCCCUGCGACGCCUCCUGACAGGAGGGACGGCAAAACCCAAGCAUGAACCCUAAACACGCGCACACACACAGAUGUGUUGAACGCCCAGAUGUCUCUUAUCAUUUGUCUUGUGGUGCAAAACUGGUCGCUGAAACUACCCCCUUAGUGCAGCUGACUGGCUCUCCCCCUCAUCAAGGAAAACUUAAUGCUUUCUGUUGCACACCCUUUGUAAAUAAUUCACUCUCUCUCAUCAUGUUUUUAAAUUUCAAUAAAAACAAUAAACUGAUGAAA